UUAAAGACAAAUAACUAGUUACUGUACAGAUUGUAAUAAAUCCAUUGAUAUUUAAACAUUUGACUCGCCGGGACUGAGUUGGAUUUCGCUUUACGGCAGGGGUGUACAAUCUUUUCCACAAAGGGUCGGUGUGGGUGCAAGUUUUCAUUAAACACCUGAUUAUCCCUUUGAAAAUUAAGAUCUACACAGGGGGAAUCUGGUGUGGCUUGGGUGAAAUGAAAACCUGCACCCACACCGGCCAUUCGUGGGAAAUAUUAAACACCCCUGCUUUGUGGACUUGACCUCUACUGGGCAGGGCGAGUCGUUACUGUGACGCCAAAAGCGUUGCUAAGCGAAGGCCCCCGUAAUGAAAUGGCAAACAUAGUACACCUCCGCAUCGCCUGAGUUAAACAUAUCGAUUGCUACGAUUUAGUUUUACAAAGAGAUUGAACGAAAAUAUAUCGGAUGAGCUUUUGCUAAUGGUCGUGAUGGAGAACUACCAUGUUUUGGAGAUGAUAGGCGAAGGCUCAUUUGGGCGAGUGUACAAAGGUCGUCGGAGGUUUAACGGCCAGGUUGUUGCUUUAAAGUUCAUCCCUAAAAUGGGCCGCUCUGAAAAAGAACUGCGGAGCCUGAAGAGAGAGAUUGAGAUCAUGCGAGGUCUCAAGCAUCCAAACAUAGUCCUGCUUCUGGACAGUUUCGAGACACAAUCGGAGGUGGUAGUGGUGACCGAGCUUGCUGAAGGCGAAUUGUUUCAGAUCCUGGAGGAUGAUGGAAGCUUACCUGAGAACCAGGUGCGUGAGAUAGCUUGCCAGCUGGUAUCUGCCCUGUAUUACUUGCACUCCCAUCGUAUAUUGCACCGCGACAUGAAACCGCAGAACAUCCUUCUGGGCAAAGGGGGUGUGGUGAAGCUCUGUGACUUUGGAUUUGCUCGGGCCAUGAGCGUGUCCACACUGGUGUUGACCUCCAUAAAGGGAACUCCAUUGUACAUGUCUCCAGAGUUGGUGAAAGAGAAACCCUAUGACCACACAGCUGACCUUUGGUCUUUGGGUUGCAUUCUUUACGAACUCCACACGGGGGCGCCGCCGUUCUACACCAACUCAAUCUUUCAGCUCGUACAGCUGAUCGUCAAGGAUCCGGUCAAAUGGCCAGACAAUAUGAGCCAGGGCUGCAUGAGUUUUCUAAAUGGUCUUUUAAAUAAAGACCCUCAGAAGAGGCUCACUUGGCCUGGGCUGCUUCACCAUCCGUAUGUUGCAGAUGGAGUCAUAGUUUUGCCAGAUGAGGGUUCGUGCAGCCCCCUGACCAUAACGCCCAGUCCCGACAUCCAGGCCAUGAAGCAGCAGCAGGUGGCAGAAAAAUCGGCACCUCGCAGUGAAGAGGGCAAAUUACUGCGCAGAGCCAGAGACAUGCAAGACAAAAAGCAGAAGAAUAAACAGGACCAGACGAAGAAUGGCAAAGCGCUUAUCAACCAGCCUCGCACCAAAACUGCCCCGGCUGGAGAAGCCCCCACCAGCAGUUAUUCAUUGGGCAGCACCUUUACAGUGUGUCGAAAUUCAGCUCAUCCACCAGCCAAUCAGCAUCAAGCCAAUGACAUUGGUGUUGCCAGGGUGAAUUCGGCUCCGUGUAAGGGCCCCAUCAGCAGGGACUAUGAGAGAGAGUUUCCUUCAGUGGAGGUGGGACCGAGGCUGCUGAUGAGAUGCUCUAGAUCUGGACACUCCAGCUUGGCUUCUGUUAGGAUGGACAGUGAUGAGCAAGAUGUUAACAGUGAUGAUGAGUGGCAGCGGUUGGCUGAAGUGACAGAUCACACGUCUGUGCCCAUGGAUGCCCACAUGCAUCAGAAACUGUGGAACAAGCUUUUUGGAUGCAAGGAGCAGCUCCUUAAUGGGAAGUUGGAAGAGCCUUCCACUAUUCUUCAGCUUCUUAAGAUUCUCACUAACAUCAUUCUGACCUCGAACCCCGCUGAUGCCCGGAGAAUUAGCGAGGAGACAGACGCGCUUCAAAUUUUAUUUAGUCUGAUUGAGGUGAUGCUUGGCAGUGCUGAAGUCAUGAAGAAGCCGUGGAGCGAGAGGGUGCUGGGAGAGCUGACGGCUGUGCUUUUGCCGAUUUGGGAGAUUCAGCCUGACUGGCGAAUGAAGGAGACGAGGGCUGAGGAUUUGUGCCAGCUGUUGAUAUCAUUAUUUCUCGAUCCAAACCCAAACACUCUGGCACCACAAGCAGCUGCAAUCCUGAGUCUGUUUGUUCACUACGGUGUGUGUGUUAACAUCCACAUGGACAGACUUACGGCUCUUUUGGAGAAUCUCUUGUCAGGACCAGAGGAGCCUCAUUACCCUUUACCUCCUGGUUGGGGCAUGUGCGACGGUGUCCUGGAAUUAAUUCUUUAUUUUCUCUCUGAGAGUGAAAGCAGUGCUCUGUAUGAUUUUCGGAUCUCUGAGGUUUGGUGUCACUUGUGGACUAAAGUUGGCACAAUUCUAGAAAGCACAGCAGCCAAACCUGAUUUUCUUUCAGUUGAUGGUCUCUCUGUCCUUUUAUCUAUCGCUCUGCUCGCUUUCUCCACUGAGCCUUAUGAUUGCCUACUCCUGUAUUUUGAGGAUGACAAAAAGCUUAUUCGCAUCCUCGCUCGUCUCUUGACUACUGAUAGCAGCUCAGCACCACUUAAAAGGGGUCUCCUGUGGGGCGGCUCUGAUAUGAAUAGUCUAGCCAUGAUGAGCUGCCAGUUACUGUGCUUUCCAUUCGCUGUGGAGCUGCCCCAGGAGAAAAUGGUGGCGAUUCUGCACUCGUAUCAAAGCCUAAAUGUUGUGGAAAGCUUAGUUCAGGUGAUUCAGCUCCAAUCCCCUGCUCUUUUAGAGCUUCCACUUUCUCUGUUGCGCCGUCUUUGCCUGUCCUCCCCUAAGUAUGCUGUUCCAAGCUUCAUCAGAACAGCUCAAGUCUGUGGGUUUCUUCCCCAGAGUACAUCAUCCGACCAAACCUUAAAUAAUCUUAACCAGUCUGGGAGUGCAGCAGACCAACCAAGACUUAACGGCACCCCACAUAAUAAAAAGUUACAAAUGGUCAGAAUUUGUGGGGAUCACCCUACGAGAAACACCGACAUAAUAAAAGGGAGUAUAAAUAAAAGUGGGGACACAAGGGAUCCUCCUAACAUGCACUGCCAGGUAUCCAAAAGCAAGUCUGGGAAGGUGAGAGAAAGAGGCUUUCAUUCCAAGAUCAAACAAGAUCUAAAAAUUCUCAGCAUAGAACACCUUCAAGAUAGUAUGGAGCAACACAGCGAUGGUGUUGAGGAGCUUCUAGACAGCCUAGAGUUAGACAAAGGCUUCUCAGACCAUCUCAUACACCUCACAGCACGGCACAAGAGCAACACAAGCUGGAUUAUUGACAGUUUAGAACAGCCAAAGAACUGCAAAGGUCACACUACUGUAAUUAAGAGUUGUCCUAAAGAAUCAGAGGUCAAAGGUCAGCCUCCUCAGCCUAAAAUUAGGACAGCAAGUUCUCUCUUGUCUAUGCUGCUACAGACUGAAUCUUUGUUUGGGUGUGCUGUGCAACUUCUGGGUUUGCUCUGUCAGACUUGCACACCUGACUCCACCCUCUUUGCCAUGCCCGUGGACCCGGUCGUGCUCCGAGCUACUCUAUGCCACUAUGAUGACGGAGUUCGAGAAGCCGGCUGUGACCUCUUGACUUGCCUAGAACCAGAUUUGGGACCCGUCUCUCCUAGGUCAAAUGUAGGACCAAACUGGACCAUUGAACCAACAUUGUUCAAGGAUUUGCUGAGCCGCUUGUCUGAUUCUGCACCUUCUGUACGCAGAAGUGCUUGUAAGGCUUCGGUAAAGUGGCUAGACAUGAUGAGAAAGACUAAAGUGUCAUCAAAGAGAAACCAGCAUUUACAGCAAGGGUCUAAGUGCAGGAGGGGAACCGUCAGUGCUCCAGCCGUAACAGGCAGAGAAAGAAUGAGUAUCACACAACAAACAAAAAGCAACUCCGUCCCUUUCUUAGGUUCUAUGGGUACUUAUAUAGAGGGGGAAGAGUGGCUCAAAGUCGCUAUGGGAGCAGCAUCUCCAGCAGUUUCUCUCCUCUCAGAUUCUGAUGCCAUCAUUCGGCGACAAGGCUGCAUCAUCCUAGGGAGCAUGGCUGCCAUUACAGGAGGUGAAAGAGCGUUGAUGAGCGCAGACGCUCCCCAUCAACUCCUGCGCCUUGCCCGUGCCGACUCCCAUCAUGCAGUGCGGCGUCAAGCCUUGUCCGCCCUGUGUGCAUUUAGUCAACAGGACGCACUGCAGCAGGCUCUGAAGUCCAUUGAAGCCGAGCUUCAACUCCACCAUAUAUCCCAGAGUUCUUCACUUCCGAGCAAUUACAGAUGGAUGGGUCAAGCCAAGGCAGAACAUAAUGUAGACUCAACACCUGGGUAAACAUCAGUGUAAUUAAUAUAAUGCAAGGUUAAUUAGUGGAUUGCCAUGGACAUUUCUGUGAUAUUGAGAGUGUCAGGGCAGAUGUCAUUCUAAAUUCUCUUCACAUCAGUUUAUUGUUCAUGUACAGUUUUUUUUUUGUUUGUUUGUUUUUCAGGCUAUGAGGUUGGGUUUGUUUGUUGACAUAGAUUAAGCCUGUAAUGUAAACAAUCCCAUUGACACUGUGAUCGACUCUAGCCUUUACUUGUAUGCUGCAGUUUUAAAAUAAAAUUAUAUAUAUGUAAUAUAUAAGUAUGUAAUGUUCCUUUUUUUUCAUGCUAAUAAUAAUGAUAGUAAUAU